AUGCUUGAAAGGGACUUGAUUUCUAGUAGUGAAGGACGUGAUUUGCAGCAAGUGAAAGGUUUGAAGGAUGUAGUGAUUUGCAAUAGUGAAGGAUGUGAUUUGGGCAGUAGAGAUAUAAUUUUUUUGGGGAGGGAGGAGGCAGCAGCGUCGGCUAUUAGCCAAGGAGGCUCUGAUACCAAAUCAAUUCUUAUGCUUCUGUUUAAAGACCAGCAACUGGUUAGUGUGCAGGCAGCAAGGAUGUUGUCGGAGGAAUUUGCAAGCGCAAAUCAUUUGGAGACAUACUCUUCAGUUUAUGAGAAGGCAAAGAACCAUACGGCUUCUUGGCUAGGAAGGCUGGCAUCAGGGCCCAGCCCCAAAGGCCCAGGUCACUAG